AACAACGAAUAUUGAAUCCCGCUAAUCCCGCCUCCUCCUAAAACCGACCAAUAAGAAGGCGCGAUCUGGCGCUACCACUUCCGCCCAUCCUCCUUUCAAGCUAGCGUUCAUUCAGUCUUCUUUUUUUUGUCGAUGGCAUGGUGCUAAGUUACGGCAGGAACAACGACAAUCAUCGACAAUUCACAUUGAAUUCGGAUAUCGCUUGGGAAAUCGUUGGCUGGAGUGGAUUUUUUUAAAGCAAAUUUCAACUGUUACGUAUUGAGCAACGCAAGUAGACGGCCAUUUGCGUUGCCCAUUAUUUCCCAAGGUUAGCUAGCUAGCUGAUAGCCGAUUAAGUGCUAUCGCUAAACUAGUUGAGCUAACUCUUACUCAGGAGCCCGCUAUCGCUUACUCCGCUUUUGGCUCGUAGCGAUUUGAAACAAAAAAAACGACGAAAGUUGGGGGAUAACAUGGCAGAAGCCGACAAACUGAACAUCGACUCCAUCAUUCAGCGCCUGCUGGAAGUGAAAGGCUCCAGACCAGGCAAAAAUGUCCAAUUAACAGAGAAUGAAAUUCGGGGUCUCUGUCUCAAAUCCAGGGAGAUCUUUCUCAGCCAGCCAAUCCUGCUCGAACUCGAGGCGCCUCUUAAGAUUUGUGGGGAUGUUCACGGACAAUACUAUGACCUGCUGAGGCUCUUUGAAUAUGGCGGCUUCCCACCAGAGAGCAACUACCUGUUCCUGGGGGACUAUGUGGACAGAGGCAAGCAAUCGCUGGAGACUAUCUGCCUGUUGCUGGCGUACAAGAUAAAAUACCCCGAGAACUUCUUUCUGCUAAGGGGGAACCACGAGUGUGCCUCCAUUAACAGGAUAUACGGCUUCUACGACGAGUGUAAGAGGCGAUACAACAUAAAGCUGUGGAAGACCUUCACUGACUGUUUCAACUGUUUGCCUGUCGCUGCCAUUGUUGAUGAGAAGAUCUUCUGUUGCCAUGGAGGCUUAUCUCCAGAUCUGCAGUCUAUGGAGCAGGUGCGAAGGGUCAUGCGACCCACAGAUGUGCCUGACCAGGGCCUCCUAUGCGACUUGCUGUGGGCCGACCCCGACAAGGACGUGCUGGGCUGGGGCGAGAACGACCGCGGCGUCUCUUUCACAUUUGGCGCUGACGUGGUUACCAAGUUCCUUCACAAACACGACAUGGACCUCAUCUGCCGGGCACAUCAGGUGGUCGAGGACGGCUAUGAGUUCUUUGCAAAGAGGCAGCUGGUCACGCUGUUUUCUGCUCCAAACUAUUGCGGGGAGUUUGACAAUGCGGGCGCAAUGAUGAGCGUAGAUGAAACCCUCAUGUGCUCAUUCCAGAUUCUCAAACCUGCAGAAAAGAAGCUGUUCUACGGCGGGGGAGGUGGCAUGGGCUCCGGCCGUCCAGUCACCCCCCCAAGAAAAGCUAAGAAAUGACAGCAGUAGUCUGCCCUUAACCUCUGACCCAUCCUUUCUGCCCUCUCUACCUCUCUUAAUCCUUUCUUUCACCAAACAGCCAGAAAUCAAACCUUUACCCAGGGCUUUUUUUCCCUUUUUUAUCUGUACUUCUUAAAACAUAUGAUGUUACAAAAUUGUCGAAUGAGUGUGAGUGCGCGCAUGUGCAGGCAACACAUGUGCCCCGUCUGCCAGUGAGCGUUAAAAAGGUGUUCACAUGUACGUUUGCUAUGAGAGUAUUAGCGAUUUCUACUUUCCCCUCUCUUCUCUGUUGCCACUCUUCCUGUGGAAAGGUUAAAACCACAGUCUGUACAGUAAUUUGACUGAAAAAUCUGGCAAGCGUUUGCCUGACGUGAGGAAAUAUUAGGCAGCAGACCCCUGCCAGUAGGUGGCGUGUGUGUCCUUGUGGAGGGAGGGGGAGGGUUUUUGUUUUCCCAGUCCUCUGUACUGUAAAAUCUCCACAUGUGUGCGCGCGUGCGUUUCUGCGGCAUCUCGCUGACCCGCACGACAUCACAUUCUCUCUCGCACGCGCGCACACAUGCACAACUCUUCAGAUUCAUAUGAGCCAGAGCUGUUGAACCCCCAUGCAGUUUAGGUUUGUACAGAUUUGAUUACUUGAAAGAGAUUUUUUUUGUGAAUUCGUUUUGUAGUCUUUCAUCAAGUUGACCAAUAAAGCGAGAAUCUGAACUACA